CGGCCGCGCUGGCCCUCGUGCUGUCUGCGAGUGUGAUUCUUGCAGACUUCCGAGGCAAAGAGUCAACAACCCGGCGAAAGUUACUCAACGGGUACAGCGACUCACAGAUCAUGCAAGGGAUCGGCAUCCAAAGCGUUGGUUUAGCCAAGAUGAACUCCCUGGUGCCGUAUCACUUCUUCCUAAUCUGGAUGCUGUCCCUCCUAUCCAUGGCAACCCACAAUGCAACGCUUCUGGCCCUGGUCCGAGACUAUCGCCGGGACUGGGUGCUGAGAUGGUUGAGACAAGUGCUCAUGUUCGUCAACCUGGCGUUGUCGACAGUCUCCGGGAUCUUUAUCCUGCAGACCGUGUCCAAGGGACUGGACAAAUCGACUCUGCCCAUUGCCUGUGUCUGGCACGUUGACGGAGAAAAGGCUCCGUCCAACGCGGGCCUGUCGUAUGUUGGCACCAUUGCGGCAAUGGCGGGAAACGGUAUCAUCUUCGUCCUCGCCACAUGGUACCUGCACAGUCGGCAGCAGAGGUUCUACAAGACGGUACAGAUCGUGGGCUGGGUGCUCAUGGCUGCCGUUGCCAUUGGGGCUGCGAUCCGCAUCAUCCUGCUGUCCCAGGCGUUUGGACAUCCGUCGGUGAAGCUGAGCGACCAAGGGGAGAAGGACUGGAGCUUCGGCCAGCUUCUCUCCAUGCUGCUGCUCGCCCUCCCUCUCGUCUCCGUGAUUGAGAUCUAUCGCGGUGAGAUCAAAGUAGCGCCGCCGGUAAGAGACGACCGCCAGCGGAUGUACGACGGCGAGAUGCAAUCCGAUCCGCAGGCCCUCACGCCAUUUCAGCCGAAUCCCUUUUUUGGCUCCGAGACAGACCUGUUUAAGAAAAGGGGGAACAAGAGGUGAA